AUGGAGGGAGGUGAUGAUACUUGUGGUUUUGAAUGCAACAUCUGCCUGGCCUUAGCUCAAGACCCAGUCAUAACACCCUGUGGCCACCUAUACUGCUGGUCUUGUUUGAUGAAAUGGCUUUUCAAGUCACAUUCCAAUAAUGAGUGCCCAGUUUGCAGAGCUGAAAUAGAGCUCAGCCAAUUGAUCUUCUCCAAUGCAAAACUGAAAUCACCUUCAGAUUCAAGAUCUGGGUUUGAAUGCAACAUAUGCUCUCAGCUAGCUCAAGACCCAAUUGUCACUCUUUGUGGCCACCUUUACUGCUGGACUUGUUUGAACAAAUGGCUUCACAAAUGGAACUCAAAUUCCACAUGUUGGGUUUGCAAGGAUGUUAUAGAGGAGAACAAGGUGGUGCCUCUUUAUGGAAAAGGGACCAAAUCACACAAUGUUUCAGGUCCCGGAUCUUGGUCAGUACCCGCGGGUAUUUCCGGCACUGCUUCGAGUCUCAGAGUGAGCCGUUUUGUUCAGCUUGUGUUUGCUUCCAUUGGAGCUUUGUUUUGGUUUGGUAGACGAACCAUGGAGAUUUUCAUGACAAGGGUUUUGCCAGUUAUUGCGAUUCUUGUGAUGUUACAUCCCUCUUUGCCAAGGGAGAGAAAAAAUGACUUGGUGGAGAAGGUUUUGGUUUUCAGUUUGUGCUCUUGGGUCACUCUGGUCAUUUGGGAUGUCCUAAAUGGGAACAUUAAACGACAUCAAAAACUGGUACAUUAA